UUCUCCCGAGGAAGCGAUCAGCCACCAUUCCCCAACAGGAAAGAGCUGCGGACGGUGAAAGGGACAGUUUGCUGUGGGAGGCUGAGGCUGUGCUCAGUCUGUAGCUGCCGGGCAUUGUUUGUGGCUGUUUGUCUUGCAGUCCUGCAAGUUCUGAAUUACACAGAGGAGGGAGUGAGUCCUGGAGUCUAUAGGGGACUUCUAAGCGCCACUUUUCAAAGAUUUUUGUAAUAGCUUUUGCUUUAAAUUAUAAUGCUCUUUUGAAGUUUCGUAAGCAAGUGGAGUUCCAGGCUUUAGAACCUUGAAGCCCCCAGCGGUUAGUUAGCUUCAGGAACCUGGUCAAGUGUGCCAGCUUAUAAUUCACCUUAAGUUAAAGCACCUUUGACACAAGUAACGAGUACCUCUCUUUAAAACCAGCAAACCUCAGACAGACUUGACUUGUUCUACCAGGCCCAGAAUGGUGUUUGUAUUGAAAUGCUUCGUGGAUAACCCAAGUGGCGUGUGGCUGGAAGCCAGCUGAAACUUGCUUUACCCAGAAGCGUCAGGACAUUUCAUUGACCUUUGUUUGGCCUUUUGCUAACAGAAGCUGUUUGUCUCAGUUUGGCAGAGCACGGUCUCACCGCACCCGGCCAAGGAGAUGGACAGCACCCUGCAGCUGGUGAGGAACAUCGUCCCCACCCUGGCAGCCGGGAAGCACAAAGGCCAGGCUGGCCGCAUCGGCGUGGUGGGCGGCAGUCAGGAGUACACAGGGGCCCCAUAUUUUGCAGCAAUCUCAGCUCUCAAAGUGGGUGCGGAUCUGUCCCACGUGUUCUGUGUCAGGGAGGCAGCACCAGUGAUCAAGUCCUACAGCCCGGAGCUGAUCGUCCACCCAGUGCUUGACAGCCCGGACGCCGUGCCUGAGCUGGAGAAGUGGCUGCCCCGGAUGCACGCCCUGGUGGUGGGGCCCGGCCUGGGCCGAGAUGGGCUGGUGCUGGACAGCAUCAGGGGCAUUCUGGAAGCUGCGAGGAGCAGGGACAUCCCCUUGGUCAUCGACGCGGACGGGCUGUGGCUGGUGGCUCAGUGGCCGGCGCUGAUCCUCGGGCACCAGAAGGCCAUCCUUACGCCCAACCACGUGGAGUUUAGCAGGCUGCAUGAGGCCGUGCUCAGCGACCCUGUGGACCGAACUGACCCCCGUGGAUCCAUCCUGAAGCUCAGCCGGGCCCUGGGGAAUGUGACGGUGGUCCUAAAGGGGGAGCAUGACCUCAUCUCUGAUGGCCAGCAGGUGCUUGAGUGCAACCUCAGUGGCAGUGGCCGCAGGUGCGGGGGACAAGGAGACCUCCUGUCAGGCUCUCUGGGCGUCAUGGCACACUGGGCCCUCCUUGCGGGACUGGAGAAGACAAAUGGCUCCCACCCGCUGCUGGUAGCUGCCCUGGGCGCCUGCUCGCUGACGCGGCAGUGCAACCACCAGGCCUUCUCAAAGCACGGCCGCUCCACCACCACCAGUGACAUGAUCGCCGAGAUCGGGGCUGCCUUCCGCGAGCUCUUCGAGGCCUGAGCCGACGGCGUAAGGGCCGCAUCAUCCCCUUCGCCAGGGUGUGGGUGCAACUGAGAACAUGAGAACCCACGAGGGGGAAGGGCAGGGGUUGUUUCUCUACCCCAAGGGGCCUUGUCACCUCCUUCUGGCCGUCCCUCUGAGGGAUCUGGCUGCUCCAUGUAUCUUGUGAGUGCAUAUCUGUCCCCGAUGUCCCCAAGGCCAAGGUGUCCACUCCAAAGCGCACUGUCUAAGCAGUGCCAGGCUGGGCCCUGUGGGUUCAUUCACGGAGCAUCACAAACCCAAAUGUGUCACCUACAGGGGUGAAUGCACCUUAUCCCUGGGGGGUGAGACGUGCAGUGGUGCAGGCCCUGGGCGGGGGUCUGAGCCCUCGUCCCCUCUGCACGCUGGAACCAGGAGGCUGCAGCCCACACCUGGGCAGUGGUAGUGCUGUGCUGGGAAGAGGGCUCGCCGGGGCUGUGGAGCCACAGCUCACGGGAAGCCAGUGUGCAGGCUGUCAUUGUCCCUCUGGACGGCAGCGCAUGUGCUGAAGAUAGAAACUGGACAUCAGUGACUGCCAGGUCCUGCGGUGUGCGGAACCCCAGGCGGCUGUCUCCACCGGGCCCUGGGCCACCAUUCUGGUGCUGCUGUGAACCAGGUGCCACUUGGAUCUUUGUGCUGUGUGAAAACUGAGCCUCAAGAGUUUGAAGAAAUGACCGCGCCUGGGAAGCCUGGAAGCGGCGCCCCGAGCCGUGGCCUGUCCUGCAGAAACCAUGCCCUGCUGUGAGCCAGCCGGGCACGCAGGGUUGCGUGUCUGACCAGAGCCCACCUCCUCUCGGCCUCUGGCCAGACAAGCAGCUGAGGCUGUCUGUCCGUCCAUGUCCGUGUGUCAUGUUUCUGCUUUGAAGUCAUUUAAGAGCCCUGGACAGCCCCUUCUAAGGAAAUAAAGUUCAGCAGUCACAGGAA